AUGUUUGACAAAAUGUGGUUAAUCAGUCAAGCAAACUCUGUGAUUUUAGAAGUCAAAGUGGACGCAAACUCAAUUGGACAAGACCUGCUCGAAAAGGUAUGCGAGAAACUGGAGAUCGGUGCCGAAGCUGACUACUUCGGCCUCCGAGUGUCUCCAGGAUCAGGACCCGGAAGAUGGCUUAACUUGCGGAACCCCCUCGAUCCCCACCGCAUUCCUGGCGGUCGCCUCGACCUCCGCGUCAAGUUUUGGGUACCCCCACAUCUGUUGAUCAACGAACCAACACGUCACCAGUUCUAUUUACACGCUAAACUAGAUUUGACUGAAGGCAGAUUAGUUGUAGCUGACUUAGAAGUAGCCAGAAGGAUUAUAGCUUACAUAGCGCAGGCUGAAACUGGUGACUUUGACCCAGAUCUACCUCCAAAACAUAUUUACGCAGAAUGCGAUAAAAUUGGUCCACAAGGAGAGCGCCCAGAGGAUCAUAUUGAGAAAAUCAUUGAAUACCAUUGCGAGAUCACUGGAAUGAGGGCUUCUCAGGCUGAAUACAGACUACUAAAAGAAAUAUCUAAGCUGGAAUCGUUUGGCGAAGAACUGUUCUUUUGUAAGCCAGUGACACAGAUUAAUAAUGCCCAUAAUCUCUACAGUCAUUUGUUAUAUCAUCGUCAGCAAGCCGAGGAGCCCAGUAGAGGAGCAAGAGACGAACAGGAGAUUGACGGAGGUGCGACCGUUGGGUGUCUGACGUCAGGUCAAAGUGCAGGAGGUUGUGGCUGCAGACUAAGUACUUGUGUUGGAGUGAGUCCUCAUGGAAUUGUAGUUUACAGACCAGCUUGUAACGGAGAACAAGAUAUUGGCGUUGAAAAGAAAAGCAUUCCAUACACAGCAAUCCACCGAGCACAGCCAUUCCGACGCAACUUCCAAAUGUCGUAUGUAACAGACGAGGGUAACGAAGCUCCUCUGCACGUCAAGAUGGCCACCUCCGGACAAGCAGCCGCAUUGUACCGCGCUGUCACUGAGAAACACGCAUUCUACUGCUGCGAGACUGUCAGGAGUGAUGUCACUGAACAGUUCAUCAGGGAUUUGAAGGGAACGAUAGCGUCCAUCUUCAACGACUCGACGACGCUGGGGCGACGCUACGUGUUCGACAUCCGACGCACGUGCCGCGAGGUGCACGACCGCGCGCGCCGCGCCCGCCACGCCGCCGACCGACAGCGCCGCGCCGACCGCGACGGGACUGAACACAAGGGGUCUCGAUCACGCUCGUCGUCGAGCGGGUGCGGCGCGGGCGAGUCGCUGGCGUGCCGCGCGUGCAUGGACGCCGCCAUCGACACGCUGUUCCUGCCCUGCCGCCACGUCGUGUGCUGCGGGGACUGCGCGCACAGAUGUACCCGUUGUCCUCUAUGUCGCGGCGAAAUCGAAAAACUGAUGCUAAUAUUCCUGCCCGUGGAGUACCAACGGAGCCCCGGCCUCGUCAAAUGA